AUGAAAGAUCUCGUAGUCACUGAAGAUGACUCCAAUUUGCUUGUGAUUGUACUCGACACAAAUCCUUUUGCUUGGAAUGAAUCCUCGAAAGCACAAGUCCCACUCUCACUUGAUAACGCGUUAAAUCAGAUCUUGAUCUUUAUCAACGCUCAUUUAGCACUUAAAUACAAUAACAAAGUAGCUGUGAUUGCAAGUCAUGUAGGGCAAAGUAAAAUAGUCUAUCCUUUACCUGACAAUCAAGAACCCACCAUGAGUGUGAAUGGCAAUAAGCGUAAUGCCAAUGUCUAUCCACACUUUCAAGUAGUGACAGAUCAAAUCGUAUCGAAUCUACAGAAACUAUUGUCAGACACAGAUACAGAAUUCUUAAAGCAAGAUAUGGGUCUAUCUACAGCCAUGACAGGUGCAUUGUCUGUUGCCCUCUGUUAUAUUCAUCGUGUGAUGAAGAUGGAUGAUGAAGGUCAUAUUAAACCAAGAAUACUUGUGUUGUCUGUAUCGUCUGAUUCAGCCUAUCAGUAUAUUCCAUUGAUGAACUGUAUUUUCUCUGCUCAAAAGGCAGCCAUUCCUUUAGAUGUGUGUAAAAUAUAUGGAGAAGAAACAGCUUUUCUUCAACAGGCAUCGAAUAUUACGGGUGGUGUCUAUAUCAAAGUAGAGAAUCCACAGGCACUACUGGAGUAUUUGAUGAUGGCAUUCUUACCAGAUAGGCAUGCACGUCACUAUUUAAAUUUACCUAGUCAAGAUCAAGUAGAUUAUCGAGCUGCUUGUUUCUGUCAUAAGAAGAUUGUGGAUAUUGGUUAUGUGUGUUCAGUGUGUUUAUCAAUCUUUUGUAAAUGGUCCCCUGUAUGUUCUACUUGCAAAACCAAGUUUGCUUUUAGACCAAUGGCUGCAUCGAAUUCAAAAUUGACAAGGAAAUAG